AUGGCGGAGCGUAUUCUCAUGAAUGAAUUCAAAGGCCUGCUCAAGGAGAAGUGGGCACAUGUCCAGUUGCACGAUGAUGAUAUUUUCAACUGGGAUGUCGCACUGAUUGUGACCAACCCGGACUCCAUGUACUACGGCGGUUACUUCAAGGCCUCCAUGACGUUCCCGUCAAACUACCCUUACGCUCCGCCGAAGUUCUGUUUCCUGAAGCCCCUUCACCACCCGAACAUAUACACCAAUGGCAAAUUGUGCAUCUCCAUCCUCCACCCACCCGGCGAAGAUGAAAUGUCUGGCGAGCUUGCCUCGGAGCGCUGGUCCCCCGCCCAGCGCGUCGAGUCGGUUCUGAUCUCCAUCCUUUCCUUGCUUGACGAUGCCGAGCCCUCGUCUCCUGCCAACGUCGACGCUGCUGUCCUACUUCGCAAUGAACCGGAGAAAUAUCGCGAGCUUGUCAAGGCCGAUGUCGAGAAGUCUAAGCUUGAUAUCCCCGCGGGCUUUGUGAUGCCUACCCAGGAGACUACGGUUCACGAACCCGCGGAGAAGGAGGACCUUGACUUCUGGGCUGAUAGUGAUGUGGACAGCGAUGUGUUUGGGGGCAGUGACUCUGACGACGACAUGGAUCAGUCCAGUGGUAGUGAUAUGGAGCUGGAUGGUGAUGAUUCCGAGGAUGAACCCACCGAGAAGAAGGGUUAG